AUGCAGCUAGGAGGCUGCGUCCCUGCCAAGCAGGGCGCCAGCCCCGAGGCUUUCACCACCUCGAGGCUUUCACCACCUCGGUGCCGCUGCCUGCGUGACCGUCCUUCCCACCGUCCCGGCUGCAGGAACAUGCUCAGCUGGAGCCUUCACCAGUUCCUGCACCACUUCUCUCAAGGCACCGGGUUUGUGAAGUGUGGCUAUGCAGGCUCAAACUUUCCAGAGCAUAUUUUUCCAGCUUUGGUUGGAAGACCUAUUAUAAGAUCAACUGCUAAAGUGGGAAACAUUGAAAUCAAGAAUAACAAAAAGAUGGACCUCAUGGUUGGUGAUGAAGCAAGCGAAUUACGCUCAAUGCUGGAAGUUAAUUAUCCAAUGGAGAAUGGCAUAGUUCGGAACUGGGAUGAUAUGAAGCACCUUUGGGAUUACACGUUUGGACCAGAAAAACUUAAUAUUGACACAAAAAAUUGUAAAAUAUUACUCACAGAACCGCCCAUGAAUCCAACUAAGAACAGAGAGAAGAUUGUGGAGGUUAUGUUUGAGACUUACCAGUUUUCUGGGGUAUAUGUAGCCAUUCAGGCUGUUCUUACUUUGUAUGCUCAAGGGUUGUUGACUGGUGUUGUCGUGGACUCUGGAGACGGCGUAACUCAUAUUUGUCCAGUUUAUGAAGGCUUCUCUCUUCCUCAUCUCACCAGACGGUUAGAUAUUGCUGGGAGGGAUAUUACUAGGUAUCUUAUUAAGCUCCUCCUGCUGCGAGGAUACGCCUUCAACCACUCUGCUGACUUCGAGACCGUCCGCAUGAUCAAGGAGAAGCUCUGCUACGUGGGCUACAACAUCGAGCAGGAGCAGAAACUGGCCCUGGAGACCACAGUACUAGUGGAAUCCUACACGCUCCCGGAUGGCCGGAUCAUCAAGGUUGGGGGAGAGCGGUUUGAGGCACCAGAGGCCCUCUUCCAGCCUCACCUAAUCAACGUGGAGGGCGUUGGUGUGGCCGAACUGCUGUUCAACACCAUCCAGGCUGCCGACAUCGAUACCAGGUCUGAAUUCUAUAAGCACAUUGUGCUGUCCGGAGGCUCCACCAUGUAUCCCGGGCUGCCCUCGCGACUGGAGCGGGAGCUCAAACAGCUCUACCUGGAACGGGUCCUCAAGGGAGAUGUGGAAAAGCUCUCUAAAUUCAAGAUCCGCAUUGAAGAUCCCCCUCGUCGGAAGCACAUGGUGUUCCUGGGCGGCGCGGUGCUCGCAGACAUCAUGAAAGACAAGGACAACUUCUGGAUGACCCGGCAGGAGUACCAGGAGAAGGGCGUGCGGGUGCUAGAGAAGCUUGGGGUGACAGUUCGAUAGGUCCCCAAGCUCCUUCCCAUCACUUGUCUAAAGCUUUUCUUCCCUUUCAUUGCCAAUCUCCGAACUCACUCGGCUCCAUGCUAUGGAAAGGCCUUGCCCGGGGCCUUUGACCCAAAGGUCAGGUUUUGGGCUGGCUUCUUGGGGUAGCUUUUGUUAAAUGUUUCUUAAUGUGGCUAAAUUUGACUAUUAAAUUUGACCACUUCCCGGCAAACAAAGCGGAGCAAGAGCAGCCUGUCUACUUCAUUGGUCCUCCCCAGUAGAGAGCUGGGCGCUUCUGGUGGGCUCUUUCUUCUGGGUUUAUUGCCGUAGUCCUGCUAGCUUUUGUCUCUAGUUCACAAGGGGUCGUGUGCCUUUUUUUUUUUAGCAUAAGAAAAACUUAAAACAGAAGCUUUUGCCAUUGGGUCAUUGUGGUGGUUGUCUCUGCAUCUUUCUGCCUCUCUCUACCUUAACGAUUUUUUUCUUUUGUGCAAUUAGGAAUUUUGAUUAAACAUAGUUAGAAACUAGUUUAAUUAGCUGGAGUGGCUUUAACACGGUCUCGGUGCGAUGGGCCUCCAUAUGCACUGCUGCCUAAACUGGCUUCUGAGGUGGUUUAUCAGAAUUCUUAAAGGUGACGGAGCUUCUUUACUGCAUUUCUGCAGCUGGGCACGUGCACAGGUGCCACAGGAACAUCCCA